AUGGAGGAUUGCGAAAGUGAUCGAAGUUUUGCCAAGUACACGACCUUCUCUAUCGCCGACGAAAGCGAUGAUUAUCGGGUGAUGAUCGUCGGGUAUUGAGGCACCGCAGGCAACGCAUUGCUAUCAUCUGUCGGAAAUCCUAUCAGGUUUGUUACAGGCAUUUCAGUUUUAUGUGCCAUGCAGAAUGAAUAGGAAAUCUCCUUCCCAAGAAAUUAAUAAAAUAGUUAUGACUGUCUAAAGGUGACGAUCCCAGUAUUUAUCUUGAUCAGCUUUUUCUACAUGUACAGAGGAGGCAUCAAUGCGGAAUCAUCGUAUUUCACUAUUCAUUCAUAUAUGCAUCAUUGCUGAAGAGAUAAUCUAACUUCAACUAUAUUGCUGACCAUCAUUGCUCCUUUUAUGUUAAUAAUGCAUUGGUCUAUGCUGCAUUAUUAGCAUCACGAUACCCUUGAGUGUUGCUUACCGUUCGACUAUCUUUUUGUUUCCUGUUCAAGGAAUCAUUCCUUGUACACUUUUCUUACAAUGUAAUGCUUCUUGGAUAUUUCUGAGCAUGCAAUUGUACCAGCGGCAUUGCUGUCCAGCUUCUCGUCAGUUUCUUACAAAAUUCUUUUUUCGCCAUAGAAAUAUGAGAUUGACAACCAGGGACAGAGACGACGACGUUCAGCAAGAUGGAGACUGUGCAGUGGCUUAUAGAGGUGGCUGGUGGUAUAAUGCCUGCCAUAACGCAAAUCCAAAUGGCUUG